AUGAAUAUAACAGAAUCAUUGGAAUGUAAUACUAUUAUCAAUAGAUUACAUGUUACUACAACAACAAAAGAUGAACAAACCAACGUCAAGAUUACAAAACAAACAAGAAAACAUGGAUCAUUUAUUGAAGUACUACGAGACAUGUUCUUACCCAAGGGAUACCCUAAUAGUGUUACAUCAGACUAUACAGGCUAUCAAACAUGGGAUACAUUACAGGCAUUGUGUAGUUCAUUGACUGGUGUACUGGCAACACGUGCGAUAUUAAAAGGUUAUGGUGUUGGCAAUUUGAAUGCAUCGGUGGCUUCAGCAUCGAUUCAGUGGAUUACAAGGGAUGCAGCUGGGAUGCUUGGUAGAAUCAUAUUUGCUUGGAAGUGGGGAACUGAUUUGGACUGUAACUCAAAGACUUGGAGAUUUGCUGCUGACUUGUUGAACGACUUUGGAAUGACACUUGAAAUGAUCAGUCCUCUAUUUGGUCCAUCUUACUUUCUCCCGAUAUCGUGUCUAGGUCUAAUAUCAAAAUCUAUCUGUGGUGUUGCCGGUGGUUGUACAAAGGCAUCUCUUACCCAACACUUUGCCAAACGUGACAACUUGGCCGAUGUCUCUGCCAAAGAUGGGUCUCAAGAAACUGCCAUUGCAUUGGUUGGAAUGUUACUAGGUAUGGUCAUGGCAGCUAGUAUCCCCGAUGAUGAUGAUAGUAUUCAAGUUUAUUUCAAAACAUGGCUCUUUUUUAUCAUCUUUACCGUCAUUCAUCUAUUGUGUAAUUAUCGUGCCGUCUCUCUUGUCCAAUUAACCUCAAUCAAUAGAUAUAGAGCUAAUCUCAUUUAUCAACAUUUCAAUGAGAAUAAUAAUAAUCAAAUUCCAACUCCAAAACAAAUAUCAUUAAAAGAAAAUAUAUUAUUUAGACAAAGUGAUUUAUCAAUUGAAUUGGGUGUAUCAUUCACAGAUAUAAAUGGAGAUCUUAAAAGAGUAUCUGGUAGUGACAAGGAUGAUAAAUAUAUGAUAUGGUCAAACAACAAACAAAAGAAGAAUCAUUUGAUAAAAAUAGCUAUAUCAUCAACUGCCACAUCAAGUGAUAUAAUUGAAGGUUAUUUCGAAUCAAUUACUCUGGUUCAUGGACACUCUAAAUUGCCAUCAGAUUUUAUUCAACAACUUUCAAAUGGCGGAUGGUGUCUUGAUCGAAUGUUACUCAAUACAUCUGGUUGGAGAUAUACAAUUGAUCGAUAA